AUGGGUCAGACACUUAGUGACCCUGUCCCUCUGGUCUCCCCUUGGGAGCAACCAAAGGAGACCCAUAAACAUAAAAAUAAACCCAAGGAGAAGAGCAUCCCUCCAGCCCUGACCUUUCUUCAGCUGUUUACACUGCUGAGCUGCGUCAGGAUGAAGAAGACACCAUUUGAUCCCUCCCAGAGUGGUGAGGGGAGAAAGGCAACAACGAUACACGAAACGAACAACAAUAAUGUCUCUGAUACUGGUGAGUGUGAGGAGGUGUCUAUUGACUAGUGCUGCUACAUAGUACAAUUAUUUAGGCUUCACUUGGAGGAAAUGUUUCACUUACAGGCUCUGACUAUUCUGCAGGUGAUGUGAAAAGGAUCAAGGACAAGAGUAAAGGAAAGGUUCGGAAAGAGAAAGUUUGGAUUGAAGUUCAGAAAAUCUCAGGACCACAAACGCAGAACGACACCGGAAACAGAAAAAGACAUUAAACAAAGAUCUAACUCGGUAAGACAUCCAAACCUGCUUAUCAAUGAGGAUUUGCCAAUGCAUUUGAUAAUUGAUAAUGACCACAAUAAGGAAAACACAGUAUAUUGUGUGAAUUUGAUAUUUGACACUGCUUGACAAAUGUGAUAAUGUCACAAUGCCCCUUCGGAUGGGGUAGGCCCCCCACUAGUUAAAAAGUCUUAACGGAAUCCAUGGAACGUCCCAACUCUGACCUUACCCCCAUUGAAGUUGAAAUUGAAAUGGUUAAGGUAAGGGUAAGGUUUAGAGUUAGGGUAAGGGGAGAGGUAAGGUUAGGGUUUCGGGUAGGGAUGUCUCAAGGAUCUCGGAUAGCACUAACCCUAGUUAUUAUUGGGUAACAUUUUGCCAUGGAAACCACACUAGAGCUCAUUGGCUAUUGAUAUUGUAGUUUGAAAUAUCAGUAGAUUUCUAAACUGAUGUACUGAUUGUGACCCUGAGGUCUCCCCUGUGGAGAAAGCAAAGGAGACCCAGCAGAAAGAGAAGAAGCAGAGCAUCUAUCCAGCUGUGGCGGCCCUGCAGCUGUUCACUCUCUUCUGCUGUGGAGGGAAAGUCAAGCUGAAGAAAAACUCGUCCCUCUCAGCACAGACAGAGUAAAAAGGGACCGGGACGAAGAUAAUGCAUCUGAUACUGGUGAGUGUUAUGGGUUGUCUGUUGAUUAGAUAUAGAAUGAUAUUGCUCCACUUGGAAAGAUGUGUCUUCAAAAUCAAAAUGUCUAAUCUAAACAGGCUCAGACUGGUCUGGAGGAGAUGUUACAACCAAAAAGGUAAAGGACAAGAGUAAUGGGAAAGGUAGGGAGGGAGAAAGACUGGACUGAAGUCCAGCUAUUGAAAUCAUCUCAAGACCACGAACCCAGAAGUACAACACCAGAAACAGACAAGGGAAACUAAUUUGGGACAAAGACCGAACUCUGUGAGACAAGCAAACAUGCUGUAUCAUAUUUUUAUUGUGAGCAAAAUAUCUUUCCCAUAAUGUUUUAUCAUUGGGUAUUGCAAUUGUCUUAUGCAGGCAAAUCAAAGGACACCCCGGCAAGUGAAGACCCAUGUGGAGAAAAUUUACAUAAGUCCUGACUCUCCGACUCUACCACGUGCCCACGUAAGCUACUGAAACCUGACUUACUAGACGGACAGACAGAGAUUCACACAUCCAGGCAGUUUCCCCUCUGACCUCAACCUAACCCCCCUUUUCCUCCGGGUAG